GCACUGGCUUAUCGAGUUUCGCGGCACUUUGCACCAGACGCGUUUUUUGCUGCCGGUUUUGUGGGUUAUGUCGCGCUGAGACCGCAAUAAAGCUUUACCACAAUCGCGAGUUAGAUUCACAAUUAAGCUCGUAAAUUAAUCGAGAGACGCGCAACUCGGUGCAUAAGAAGCCGGACGAUCUCGACGAAUACGCGGGUGCCGCUUAUCUGUAAUAAGCAACCAAUCGGGAGAUCAAUUCGGAGACAUUGCCGACCUCGCCUUUCUUUUCGACGUACGUGAUUAAAAGACGCAGCAAGUGUCAUUCCGGAGAUAAAAGCGGAAGGAAAAAAUACGAGGAAAGAGACGCUAUACGAAAUGUCAGCUUCUCCCAUCGCCAGACAGGCUACUCAGAGCCAGAGCAUACCGUCUAAGAGGAUCGUCAUCCACGAUCCUAAUCAGUUACCUGCGGAUUACUCGUCUACUCCCGGAGGAACUCUUUAUUCCACGACACCUGGAGGUACUCGCAUUGUAUAUGAACGCGCGUUUUUGAUGAACUUGCGAAACUCUCCGAUAUCGCGAACACCGCCGCGAAAUACGUUGAGUAUACCAUCAGAAUUGCUGAAAGGCAGCACACCAGCAAUCACAAGGGAUCCUACUAAAAAUUCCGAUAAAGAUGGUCUGGUAAUCGAGGAAUCUGAUGAGCAGUUUGAAAUGGAUAUGUAAUAAAAAUAAUCUGCCAAUCGUUAACUAUAACGAUUUAAAUGUGUUCGUAAUCAUACUCGAAAAUACUGUCAAUUUACUCAAAUGACAAGAGUAUGGCUAACAUGCUUUGAUUCUGUGCCUUUUAUGAAUGGCCUUAUUAAAAAGUAUGAAUUUUUGUUCUUUGACAAAGCAGCAAAUGCUUUAUAUAUAUUUCAUUCUCGAUAUUAAUUUUUGUCCAAUAUAAUAUGUAUAUUUACAUAUAAGGAGCACAACUGUGAACAUGGAGACAUUAAUUAUACAUGCGUAUGUAUUAAUGAUCGUUAAGUCUUCCUUUCAGAAUUGUCGAUGGGAUGCUUUGUAAUCUAUUUCUAAGAAAUUUGUAUCUGUGAAUAAAUGACACAUUUUAUACAUAGA